AUGCACCAGAAUAAUGCCUGCGUGAAGAUCAGGAAAUUGCCGAAAUAUCAGAUUACUGGCAUCACCGAUGAUGUGGAGGCAGAUGCUUCCAGCUUCCGAUCUAGGCUAACGGCGAUAAUGGAACCGCCUGACGAUGCCACCCUGUGCCCAGAUCCCGUUGCCAAAGAACCGGUCGAAGAUACAGACCCAAGCACUUUAUCUUUUCAAAUGUCAGACAAGUACCCUGUUCAAGACACAGAGCUCCCUAAAGGUCCGAAGCUGCGUUUCUUCAGACGCCGUGUCCUGCUGCGACAGUCCGUCACUUGCGAGGCCCAACGGCUAGGCCUCGUCCGGGCUCUGGACGAAUUGUCCAGCGGCCGGAGCCCGGGCAGCUCGACGGAGAGGCGUUCCCGGUCCGGGAAGGGGACGGUCACUGUCCGGCCUCGAACCGAGACGCCGGCCCCCGGCGGAGACGCCCGAGAUUGGAAAAUAGCCCUAGAGAAAAAUUUCCCUCGAGAGCAUCUGACUGAAGUUUCUGGAAACAAUCGUCUUUUUAGCUGGCGACUGAGGGGGCCGCCUCAAUUCUCCAAAAUCGUUCUUACGCAGGAGAUUCACAAGAUGGGCGCCCUGAAGUUUCCAGAUUAUAUUUCGGGAGGAAGCCGGGAGCCCAGGAAGGACCCCUCGCCCGGCUCCCCGCGCGUCCCUCGCAUCAGCGACCUGCUGAACGACCAGGACCUGCUGGACGUGAUCCGCAUCAAGCUGGACCCGUGCCACCCGACCGUGAAGAACUGGAGGAACUUCGCCAGCAAGUGGGGCAUGGGCUACGACGAGCUGUGCUUCCUGGAGCAGAGGCCGCAGAGCCCCACGCUCGAGUUCCUCCUCCGCAACAGCCAGCGGACCGUGGGCCAGCUCGUCGACCUCUGCCGCCUCUACCACCGGGCCGACGUCGAGAAGGUCCUGCUCAGGUGGGUGGAGGACGAGUGGCCCAAGAGGCUCCCCUUCUAGGCGGCCCCGUCGCCCCGUCCCUCACCCCCGGCGCUCCGGACCACCUGGGGACGACGGAACGGGCGUCGGGGGGCCGGGGUCAGAGGUCACCCGGGCCACCGCGGCCGAGGGAGGGUCGGACGGAGCCCCAGAGCCUGGCCGGGCGCCCUCCUCAUCCCCGGCGAGCCCCCGACGUCGCCAAGCUGGGACGGUCGCUUGUUUCUCAGCUCCGACGGCAUGUUCCCUGCGUGCCGGGAAACACGGCACCCCCGGCCGGCCCGUCGGUGACGGUGAACGGCGCGGUCGGAGGCCCCGGCUCAGCUCGCACGCUGUGAACGCCGCUCUGCUCGCCGGGCGUGGGCGGCGCGGCGGACCUCAGUGGAAAGAUCCCGGGCUUGGGAGUCAGAGGUCGCGGGUUCUAAUCCCAGC